AUGGCACACCAAUUCUCAUCCGUAUUGUCUGGAAAUUUCACUCAAUUUGAAUGUUGGAUGGAUAAUUAUUGGUUGGGCGUGCUUCGGCUUACUGAUAUCCAUUUUAUGCCAAUGGCACUCAACGGCUUUCUUUUUCUUUAUUUUCUGGUUGCCUUGACUCUGCUUCUCAAGAAGCAGCUAAAGGCUACGAAGCAUGGGCCAAAAUGGGCUUCAAGCGUCAGUGCGACACCAAAUUUUCUUCCCGCAAGGUACCAGAAGUCCCAUGAACUGGUUUCCGCAUUCAGUUCUCUUGUUGCAGAAGAUGGGGCGGGAGCCUGGCCUCCGGUGGCUACCCAUAGCUGCUGGCCCAUGGCCCUCCGUCCCUAUAAGCAAGUUUAUCUUGAAAUGAUUCAACAUCUAUCUGUCGAGACGCCCUCACUCGACGACGGUGUCAAUCGGGAACGUUGCGACAACUUCAGAUCUUUGAUGCGGAAGCUCUUAGCAGAACGUAUCACUAUUGUCAACGUCACCAAGCUAAUGCAGCAAAUGGAGAAUGGAAAUUUGGAAAUUCUUCCACGAGACCAAAUCAAUGGCUUCUACUGUGUUAUUGCCAAUUGUCGCCACGCUUAUAGGUGGGCGACCAUACCCGUUGUCAAAGUUGCCCAGAACGAGAAAAUCGUGGAUUUCCCACCCGAGUUGGAAAUUCCAUGGCCCUUUUUACAGCGCCAUUUUGGGGUUAACGCAGAUAGUGGUAACAAUACGGCAAACGUCCUGCUGAAUUUCGAUGACGCGGGUGAACGUGUCUACAAGAUCAACAUUGGCAGAUCUGAUGUGAUUAGAAACUCCGAGGACACGUUUUUCCGAAUGUUUCGCGAUGUCGAGAUCAUGGGAUACCCGAUUUACAAGGAGAUGAUUGGCGCUGUGGUCUCGUUCGAGGAGGACGACCAAGAUUCAUGUCUAGAACAUCUCAAAAACAUUACAUCUCUUCUGCGCAACCUGCUGAAGAUCUUUUACGAAAGGCUCUCAGAGUCUCACGUCUCUCGAUCAGUUUGGCUGAGCUAUAUUCAAGGAUUUCAAGGAUGGGGCGUUGGGAGGAUUACCAAUGGCAACUUUGUCAAAUAUGAGGGAGUCUCAGGAAACCAUGUGCUCUUUUUUCAGGCUCUGGAUGCAUUCCUUGGGCUGCCACCUUAUCUAAAGGAAGACGCUCUAGUCUGCUAUAUUCCUUUACGCCAGCGAGAGCUCUGUAUCGCUUUCAGGGACCACUCGUUCUGGCCCAAGGUCAAUGACGAGGAUUGUCGGCCGAUUCGGGACCAGUUGGUCAAGAUCAUUAAACACAUGAAGCGCUUCAGGACGGCACAUAGAAGUAGGGUGAUGCCAUACCUCAAGGAGCCUGCUCCCGAGCGACUCACCAUGACCGCUGGCAAAGGAGUUCUCCAAGGUCCUAGUCCGGAUGAGUCUCUGCGACAGCUUGACGUGAUGAUGGUUGAAAGAUUACAACAGACGUCUGAUUUACUCACUUGCUGA